AUGUGUGUGUCACAGCGUCGGUGGACGGGCUGUAGGGGGCCGUGCUCCCCCGCCCUCCCCCUGGUCCUCCUCCUCCUCCUCCCUCUAUCCUUCCUCUCCUCCACACCUCCGCUCGCUCAGGGAGCCAUCCAGAUCCCCGAAGGCUGUGAGUAAACACCUCUCACUCUUUCACUCCGUCAUACCUGUGUCUCACCUUUCAGUCUCAAAACACUCCUGGUUAUCGUCCAUAAACACACACACACACACACACACACACACACACAAGAGUGAUACUGGGACUUUCAAACAGACACUAAAGGGUUCCUCGAAAACUCGGGGGUGUCUAGAAACAUUCUCCAGGACGGCUCAAGAAAGACGCCAAAAAGUACCUUAAAUAAGUCGUUAAAGGCUCCUGACAGAGUCGAUAAAUUAGCCUUAAAAGAGACACCAAAGGGUUCCUUAAAACAGGAACCAUGAACCUGAAAACACACGACGAGGGUAGAUUACAGACAAAACCUCAUCUCAAAACGUAGGAGAAUACGACCUAAAAAUGCACUUAAGAGGUCAGCGAAAUACGCUUAAAGUAUACCUGAAAACAGACACUAAACCUGAAAACAAGGAAACCUUAAAAAGACACCAGAGGAGGCGAAAAACAGACAAUUUAUAGUUCCUACAGUAAAAUAAAAGCCAACUUAAGAAAGACACUUAAGAGUGAGUUUAAACAGACUCUGAAUGGGACCUUAUACAGAUGCCACUUAUUAGAGUAAAUAUAUGCUUAAGUUUACCAUAAAACAGACACUCAAUAGUUCCCUGAAAUAGACUCUAAUGGGACCUAAAGACAGACACUAAAUGAUAACUAAGAGAAACCUCAAAACUGACACUUCAGGCCACCUUAAACUAACGCUUAAGUCUACCUUAAAAGACAUUUAAAGUAUCUUUAAUCAGAGAAUUAAGUUAACUCUUACAAAGACACUUAAGUUUACCUGACAACAAAAACUUCAUGGACCUUAAAAACGCACCUGUAAACAAACACAAAGCUGUCCUUCAACACGAUGAUGACUGAACUCUUUUUCAUUUUAAACAGACUCUUAAAAUCAGACACUUAAGUGAAUCAUGAAAUAAAAGCCAAACAUUUAAAUGAAGAGGUUCACACUGACACACCGAACAUGUUUUUAAAAGGUUUCAGUGGAAAAAGAACUCUUUUAAAGUGUUUUAGUUGAUUUUCAUGAAGAUUUUGAUAAUAACUGCAGUUGUCGCUGGUUUUGCUGAGUCAUGUUUUCCUUUAAUUGCAGGAUCAUGUUAUUAAAAAUGAAAACUCAUAGAUAACUAACUAACAGCUAACGUCACAUGAUCACGGAGGAUCGUUUUAAAAAAUGGUUCCUGAUUAAAGUUCAUCGAUCGGUGGUUAUCGUUCUUCAAACUCAUCUUCACUAAGAGAAAUUUCACUUUUAAAAGGAUCCACUUAAGCGCUAAAGCAAAUAUCCUGAUCCUCACAAUGAGGUUUACAAUGACCUCUGACCCUGGAGGUGAAGUUCAAAGGUCAGAAAUCUGAGGCCCUGAUGGUCCCAGAGGACAGGGAGGGGGGGUAAGAGGAGGAGUCAGGUCCAGCUCGACCUUGAGGCAAAGACUCUCUACUCUGGGUGUGGCUGAGAGAGAGAGAGGAAGAAACCAGAGACUGAGGGUGAUGAAGAGGAGGAGGAAGAUGAAGGUGAAGACGUGAGGAAAGAGAGGAAAGAGAGGGAGGGAAGGGUGGAGACGGAGACGCAGAGGGGGAAAGAUGUAAAUUGAUCCGGGACGCCGCCAUCGUGUCUGAGUCAGAAAAGCGAGAGGAAGACGGAUCCUGUAGUCUGACCACUUUAACGUUUAUUUAUAACCAAAAUAAAAACACAGAAAAGCCUCUUCAUCAGAGUUCACAUCCUCCUACAGCUUCCUCUGUCUUCACCCUCUAACCUGCUGUCUUUGUCUGAGUGUUUUUUUCUGCUCUCCUCCCCUCGCUCUCGCUCUCCCGUGGACAAACAGAUAAAGUCUCCAACAGUAAGUCUCUCUCUCUCUGUGUGAUGACACUGUGUUCCCCUCACCUCCAUGAUAGAGGACGUCAGUCUGAUCGGUCUUAUUAUUCGUGCUGCUGUGUUGUGUGUUUGUCCUCCAUCAUCUCUCUCUGCACGUCUGUCUCCUCACUGAGCACCCACUCGGAUGGUUUUAGGUGUGGGAGUCCCUACAGAGCCGAGAGUCUGCAGAUUUAGACAUUUAACAAAAGUCAAACAAGCCGGAAAGAGUCGCUUUCGUUUGUUCCUUUUGCAUUUUUUAAAUCUUUUCCAUUAAAAUUCGGACGAGAGUUUCUGCUGUCGUGUUUUACCCAACACUGUGCAUGUCUUUGUCUAAAGACGGGAAUAAAUAAUGAAAACUAAAGGAAUAGUUUGACUUUUUUUUGCAGAGAACAAUGUGGUAUCAGUAAGAAAAAGAAGAACACCUUAAACCUGCAAUCUUUUAACUGCCAGUAGGGGGCGACUUCAUUUAUUACCCCCAAUUGGGUCCCAAGUAAGUCCAACUGUCCUUUGAAUGAAGAACUGGAAGUCAUAGAUGCUGCAUCCUCAGUUUCAGACAAUAUCUCCAGGUUUAGGUGAAACAUCUGAAUCCACCUUUAAGUAGCUGUUCUGGAUGAAGGUGGAAGAUGAGGGUCACAAACAUUUUUUAACUCUUCCUGCGUACAGAGAGGACAGGAAACGAAUUUUGUUGAUUCGUAUGAAAAGUUUGUCCAACACAGUCAAACUAUUCCUUUAACGGGAUCUGUCCAUAAAUCUGCAGACCGCCGCUCGCUCGCUCCCUCCCUCGCUCCCUCUCUGUGAAGUUUUGAGUUUUUGCUGCUUUAAAAGCUUUCUCCAUGUUUGAGUCGCUCAGUCAGCCACUUAGAGCAGGAUGUGGUCCCGGUCCAUUACAUGCUUUUAUUUCUGUUCAGUUUUGACUGUUAUCAUUCGAUGUGAUUCAGAAAUGAUCGAUAUUUGAUAUGAAUUAUUGAACUGCUCUAAUAACAUCAUCAGAAGUUUUAAAAGCCAGAGAAAAGUAGAAGAGACCACAAAUUAGACGAUUUUAGAGGAGAAAAUUGUACGUUAUUGUGUGUAACUGUGUGUGUGUGUGUGUGUGUGUGUGUAACUGUGUGUGUGUGUGUGUGUGUGUGUGUGUGUGUUCAGUGUCUAAACCUCCAGUGUUGAUGGAGACGCCAACGUCGUACACCGCCUUUUAUACAGACGACAUCUAUCUGCCCUGUGAGGCCACCGGUAACCCAACGCCCACGUACGUACAACAGCCAGUGUGUGUGUGUGUGUGGAUAAUUGACAAACCAGACGUGUGCAUGUGUCUGGUUUGUCCACUUCCUCCCUCCAGCUUCGUGGUUGGCAUGGCGAUAGAUGUCCUUCUAAUGAAAUCACUACAGUAACAGCAUCAUCGCUCUGUUCUUCCCUUCCUCUUUGUCUCCUCCUCCCUUCCUCCUCCCUUCCUCAUCUCCUCUCCUCUCUGACCUUAAGCCUUAUGUCUUCAUUUUUGUCUCGCUGUUUCCCGUCCACAUCAAGAAAUUCAAGAAAAAGUUACAGUUCAACAUAGGGCUGGGCAAAAAAACGAUAACAGUACAUAUCAAAAAUUAAUUUCCCUUGAUAUUGAUGUAAAACAUGAUCAAUAUCCUUUUCAAUACUCGGCAUUCUGACAUGUUUUGGUCGACUAUACGAACAGCCAAUGAAAAGGGGAGUUUCUCCGGGUCUGAACCAAUCAUGAGCUGAAUUGUAUCAACCAACUGCGUCGUAGCAGACAGCAGCUCCACCCAACCAUAGCACUUUAGUCGUCGGUGGUGUGGAGGUAUUUUGGUUUUUGGAGGUCGGACAUGAAGCAGAGUAAUGUGGACUGUAAAUUAUGUCGAGUACAUGUUCUCACAAAGUCGGGGAAUACCUCACCAUUCAGUCCGUUUUCUCUAGAACAACGCCUUACAACAAAACGUCGACACAAAGACCUCACAGAUUCAGUAGAUUAUUGUAUAAAAAAAGACAUGCGACCGAUAAACACUGUUACAUUUAUUAUUUUAUAUCCUGAUAUUUAUCGAUAUCAGCUGAUACGAAGAAAAAUAUAUGGUGAUAAACUUUCUCCCGUAUCGCCCAGCCCUACGUCAACAAGAGUCAAAGUCGAAUAUUUUGAUGUGAUCAGAUUACGUUUAGAUCUUGUUUCCUCUCUGCAUGUUUUUGAUUUCCAGUCAGCGCAGUGACUUCAUGAUGAACAUCUGUCUCCUCUUGUCUUUAGUUUCCGCUGGGUCAAAGACGGACAGACGUUCGGACUGCAGCUUUCGGGGUCCGGGACUCUGAAAGCCAACGAGAAGGAUCCUCUCGAUAGGUUCAACGGCAGCUACCGCUGCUACGCCUCCAACGAGCUGGGGACCGCCAUGACACAAACCGUCCAGGUCAUCGUAGAGAGUGAGUUUGACAUGUGUCCUCAAACGUCCACGCUGACACAAACGCCAUGUUUCCUCACAAACGCUGACUCAGAUCAUGGCGUGAAUGAAGCGUUAUGAAGGAUGUACAGUGGAACAGGAAAUAUCCUCACCCCUCACCCUGUUUCUGCCUCCUCCCACACAAACACAAACACACACAAACACACACACGCAUCAGUGACUCAGCAAGGUUGACCGGGGCCACCUGUUCCACUCUCUCAUCUCUUGUUACCCCGGCAACCAUUUCCUGGAGACAGAGCCGUGACGUCGCUCUGCCAGGAGGGUUGAUGAGGGGAUGCUGGGAAGUUUCAACUGACUGAGAGGAGACAUGGUUUUUACCGGCAGCAGUUUUUACAAGUUUGACCUUUGAACCUCUAAAACACUCCUCUUUAAAGACGUGUUUAUUCUCUCACUACGAUGUGCAAACCUGCGCAGAUAAACGCAGCUACUGCCCCCUAAUCCAGACCCUGAAACUACAUCUACUUCAUCACAUUAUCUGCCUUCGUUGUAGUAGAAACUUUGCAGAGUACACAGUCUGGUCUUUGUUUUCAACGUGAAGUAGAAGCUUAAAGAGAAAAACCUCAGCUGGAGAAAAAAAAACUCACUGAAGCAGAAAAAGGAGCACUGACUCACCGCAGACUCACUGCAGCAGCUCUGCAUCAUUUACUGAACACAAACACAACCGUCAGAGCUGACUUCACACACUUUAGAGGGAAACAGACAAAUUCAUACAAACUUCACCUCGAGUCUCAAGUUUCUUUUUACCCAAAUAUUUACGACCCUUAAAGGUGUUGUAGUCAGGAUCUGAGGGAGAAAUCUUGAAUGUAAACUCUACUCCUCCCAACCAGUUUUCCCCUCAGCUCCUCCCCUCAAGCCCCGCCCACAAACAGACGCUCCUGCUCGUUCGUAUCGUUCCAGUUAAAUUCAGAUAUAAUGCAGAUAAAUACUUCAGAUCAUUACAAAUGGGGCCCAGUCAAGGUGAAAGUCAAAAGCAUUGGUGCUACUGUAGAUGCCAACAGACUACCAGCAAACACAAUGUUUGCAGGACUUCUACAACGAGGAUAAAGUGACAUAGUCCAGGACCCGAGGGAGGACAGUUUAGCGAUGGCGCUACAACACGCUACAGCAGGUCCGUUUGACAAGAAACACUUCUGUUACAGACGUCUCUUAAGAAGAGACGAUCUCAUAAAGUCUGUUUAUUUCUGGAUAAUUGAAGAAAUAGGGCAGCCUCCAUCUUUGAGUUUGAUUCCAGGUUCCUCAGCUCCACACUGCCCCCGGUGGCUAUAAGGGUGAGGUGUGCAUUAGAGGUUUAUCUCCUCUAAUCGGUUUUUAAAGGCAGCAGGUGAUCCGGUUUAAAGUGACGCCCCUGAUGUUCUGCUGAAGUUCUGAUCUAAUCCUCUGGGUCUCUGUGUUCCAGCUCAGCCCAUCCUCCUGAAACAACAUAAAGUUCGUGUGAAAUCUUACGAAGGCGACAGCAUCGUCCUGUCCUGCAGCCCUCCAGACAGCACCGACCCCCCUCACAUCCACUGGAUGGACAAGAGUGAGUCUGUUUCUCAUCCUGGCUCUGUGUUUUCUGUCCCGUUUAUUAGCUUUCAUUCAGGGUGACACACAGACGGACACUUUGUCCCCCAUUAGUCCUCCAGUCUGCCUGUGUCUCUGCUUCUCUGUCUCAUAUCUGAGCCGCUCUGUGGGAUUUCUUCUGCAUCCUUCAGUCCACCUGACGGCCCCGUUGGAGGGAUUUGCAUCAGCGCUCUGCAUUGCAGACUCUUUCCACUCAGACUAAUGAAUGCAGCACUCUCUCUUUUGGCUCUUUUUUAUUUAUAUAUUUUUCACUUUCUUGUCCUUCCUCCUCUCUCUCCUUCUCUGUCACUCGCCUGUUAGAUAAAGUCGAACCUUUUAAGUCGUCAGUUUAGUUUCACUCACUCAGGAAAGUCGAUACUGUAGUGAAUUAGAAAGACUUCUUACUUUGCCUCCCUGGUGCACGUUUAGGAAGAUAAGCAUGCUUGAAGCUCUCUCUAAAAACUACCUGAAGAAUAAAUACGACAUCUGCUCAGUCCGCCUCCUGUCGUCUUUGUCUGGUUCGUUUCAGGAAUGGUGCACAUAAAGCAGAGCGACAGGGUGACCGAAGGCCGGGAUGGAAACUUGUACUUCUCUAAUGUCUUGAGGACUGACAGCAGAGACGACUACAUCUGCAACGCCCAGUACCCUACAGCCAGGACCAUCCUCCCUGUAGCCGCCGUCUCCCUCACUGUCCAGCGCAGUAAGUUCACACACAAUCAAGACCAACAAAAACCUGGUCCUGAGUCUGAAGUCUGACGUGGUGCAUGAGUGCAUCAGGGUGGAGCCUCUCAUCCAAACUCUGUUUGUUUUUUGGUCUGUAUUUCUGCACAUCGUCUGCAAACCUGCAGAUAUACCAAAUGUUGCAAUACCAUCAGAGACCAGAGGGGGCAGGAGAGCCAAAAGUUCAAACUUUAGACUGUUGAAAAACAUGAAAUAUGAUACUAGACUUGGAAGAACUGAAUCCAGAUCUCUGAGUUGUGUUUCAGAGAUUAUCAGCUGCAAAUGCUGUCUCUGCGUCUGUUUUCUCCACCGCUCCAACGAUGACCCGAUGUUUAUUCACCUUAGAUUCCUCGCUUGGUCACAUGUCCUCUUUGACUCCACCCUUUCUUCUGUCGGCUUGCGUUUUUUUUUUAGCGUCCUUCUCCAUCGCAGCUCCUGUAGCUAAGCUGCUACGCUACUUUUAGCCGCUCAGAGCUCCGAGGAGGGCCGGGUGAGUGGGAGGGGACAAGUCGGAACUACAGGAGAGGGGUGUGUCCAAUACAGCGAGGUGAUUGGAUGGAGAGGCCAAGCAGGAGAUUGACCAAUAGGAGCUGUCCGGGACAGAUGGCUCCCAUUGGUCAAUGUUUUUGCAGCCCUGUAGCUGAUAGGGUGAACAGAUUUUUCCCCAUUCGUUUUUCACUUCCCUUUGUGGAGAUCGCACUUUAUGACCAUGAUCGCCAUAGAAACGAGGUUUAUAAUAAAACCAAUCUCUCCAAUCAUCGACCAUGACUCUAAUUGAAGCAGAAUUCAACCUCCUCCAUCGUCACCAUGUUUGAUGUCGAAGGAAAUAUUCAAGUCCAGGUGGAUAAUGUCCUGUCAGAUGUGCAGCACCUGUGCAGCACCUGUGGCGGCGCUAUUUUCAAACGUCAGGGGAACGUAAACGAGUCAUCAGAGGGAAACAGAGGACAUAAGACGAACAUCCACGUUUAUGUUCUGCUUUGUCUGCAGGUAACGACGUGGUUCACGAAAGGAGACCUCACUUCUUCGUUCCUGAGGGACCCCACUCCUCGGUGCUGGCUGUCAGAGAGCAGACCGUGGUCCUCGAGUGUAUCCCCAAAGGCCUGUGAGUCCGUCUGUGUACCAAAUCUAAUCACAGCAGUAACAUGUGACCCGUUCAUGUCAAGAUGGUGGAAAUAUAAACUUUUUUUAAACUUCAUUUGUCUUCAUGUUUUCCUCCCUUAAUCGACCACCUCUCUGUUCCUGCUCCUCCAGACCGACUCCGAAGGUGGAGUGGAAAAAGAAAGACGGGAACCUAGAAGACACGAGCGCUCAGCUGGAGAAACACAACCGCUGGCUGCGCUUCGAGAGCAUCACCCAGGAGGACGACGGCGAGUACGAGUGCAAAGCCGUGAACAGCCACGGCUCAGUCGCGCACUCCUUCACCGUCACUGUGGAAGGUACAGCGGGUUUCUGCUCUGACCGUGAACGUGGGUUAAAGUCAGCUCUCCAAACUAAGGUGGAGGUGUUUGUGUUUUGUUCUGCAGCUGCUCCGUACUGGGUGAAGGAGCCUCUGAACCAGCUGUACUCUCCUGGAGAAACUGUGCGUCUGGACUGUCACGCCGAAGGGAUCCCGACUCCCACCAUCACCUGGGGGAUAAACGGGCAGCCAAUCACAGGUGGGCUUGAUUUAACUCUUGUUUUAUUUUCUGGAGAAAGGUUAGAGCAGCUGCAGAAGGAUGGAGUUCAGCUGUUUCAGAGUGAAACUUCUCUGUCAGAGCUUCUUCCCCCUCAGACUUUGGUGCAGAAUGAAGUCAAUGUUAGCUGCCCUCAAAGUGCAACAACAAGCAGUUUCUACAGCGAAGAGUCAGAACACCACAGGGGUUUACUGCAUUCAGGAGGAUGAAGAGAUUUAAGAUCAAACAAAGAGAAAGAGAGAGAGAGAGAGAGAGGACAGAGAGGUAAAAGGAGAGAAUCUGGACCAUAAAGUAACAACAGAAGAAGAAAUAAAGGAGCGCUCCGUAAAAUGAAAACGACAGCAGAAAGUGAGAGAGGUGAUGAAUAAUAGUGCGUUAGCAGUUGCUGCUCGAUCCUCCAUAUUUAAGUGUCUCUUUGGCGUUUUGUCGUAAGGCGUUGCUCUAGAGAAAGCCGACUGAAUGGUCGUCUGUUUCGGCUCCUCGCUCCUCUCGGAGUUUGUAACCUUUUGCGUUGCGCGUGCUCUGCGGCGUGGCGCUGCUUCAGGUGGUGAAAAAGAUUUGAGGUAUUCCCCGACUUUGUGAGAACAUGUACUCGACAUAAUUUACAGUCCACAUUACUCUGCUUCAUGUCCGACCUCCAAAAACCAAAAUACCUCCACACCACCGACGUUUUCCUAACGCCAGUGUUGUGGUUGACAUUGAUGUGGUCAUCUGUUGAGCCUUCAUGGUCAUUUCUGUCGGGGGUAGCACUCAUUUUCUUUGUUUCUCACCAACAGUGCUGUCGGCUUCACCUGUUAAAGUGCUAUGGUUGGGUGGAGCUGCUGUCUGCUACGACGCUGCAGUUGGUUGAUACUUGGUUCUAAUUCAGAACAUGAUUGGUUCAGACCCGGAGACACUCCCCUUUUCAUUGGCUGUUCAUAUAGUCGACCAAAACAUCAAAACUAUCAAAAAGGAUAUUGACUAUAUUUUACAUUGAUAUUGAGGGAAGUUAAUUUUCCAUAUAUAUCGUUAUGGUUUUAUCGCCCAGCCCUAACUGAGAGUCAGUAAAGAUAAGUCAUAUAACAGUAAUUGUCCAAAAUAAAGCGCUGUAUCACCACAGAUACUAAACCCAUUAAAACAGGUUCAGCUCCGAACUCAAAGUAUAAGAAAAAACCCACAGGUAGAUAAACAGCAGACAGUAAAACUCGCCAAAAUUAUGGUCGCAUAAUCACACAAAACCGAGUUACAAAAUCCCAAGACGUAAACAAACAUCUUAUUACACAAAUCAUUUUAGUCGAGUAACUGAACUAACAAACUAACGAAUAACUGAAAACACGGCGUCCGGUAAAGGACAAAUGGCGACGCAUAAACAAUGUACCAGCGCCGUCUGCUGACUUAUGUAGGUAACUGCCUUACACAAAGUUCAAUGUUUGUUUGUUUCAGCCGCCGUGUGCACACUUACUUUAAUUUAGAAGGACAUCUGUAUGUUGGUAUCGCUGCACAUACCUGUUUCCCACAUUAUUAACGGCCAGGCUCCCGGUCCUCACCGGCAUCUCUCCUCCGGGUCCAGCCGUAUCCUUCGAACCGCACCUCCUCAAACCUCCUCCUCCUCCGCCAUGACUCCCCUCCUCGUCUCCACAAACUCCGGCAGCAGUAGUAGAGCUCCCGAACAAACGUGUUUAUUUUACUUCUUUAACCGACAAAAACGGAAUAAAACCCGACAAAUACAUUUAUAUUUAUAUAUAUAUAUGUAAUCCACACACAUUCCCUGCGGCAACAUUUGCGCGGUCAAAAAACUGUUUCCACUUCCGGGCGGAGCACCUGCCCAGAUUAUAAGGUUCCUACCUGAGUGAGAAAAACUCCACAUCCCCAUGUAAACAGUGAUAACACAGUUUUAUUUCAUAAUAUCUGCGACUACAAAUGGGAUCCAAGUAAAAGAGAGAUAAAGAGGGAGAAGGAGGGAUAGAAGGAAGCGAGGAAAGGACGAAGGAUUCAAAGAUUUAGGUUUCAAAGGAGGGAUAAAAGGAAGCGAGGGAAGGAUGAAGGAUUCAAAGAUUUAGGAUUCAAAGAGGAGUGUGUGGGGGGGGGGUUACAAAAACAAAUGAACAAUAAAAGGAUAAUUAAAGAAGUGAGAAAGAAGGAAAAAGGAAGGGUGGAGGAUAGAGGAGAUAAGGAAACAAAGGAAAGGAAGGAAAGAAAAAAGUCAACCCUGACCCAGAGAGAAGGAUGAAGUGAAAAGAGAGAAAGAGAAAGUAAAAGGCAUUUAAAGGAAGAUUAAAAAGAGAGAGAGAGAGGGGGGGGAAAAGUAAGGAAAUAAAAAAGAGGAAAAACAAACAAACAAUGAAAGGAUAAUAGAGAAAAAAGAGGAAAAGGAAAAAUAAGAAAGAAUAAAAAAUAAAUCUACCAAAAACAGCAACAAAGAAAAAAAGAUGAAAGAAGAAAAAGAAAGGGUGAAGGAUGGAGGAGAUAAGCAAACAAAGGAAAGGAGGGAAAGAAAAAAGUCAAGAAAUAAAGGAAUGUAGAAAGAAAGAAAGAAAAAGAAAGAAGUGGAGGAGGGUUAAAGAGAAGAAAAGAGAGGAGCAGCAAAGAGAGAGAAAGAGAGAGAGAGAGAGAGAGAGGGCGGACGUGGAGUCUGUGGAGUUUGUAGCAGCUGCAGCUUCUUCUGCUGGUCGACGUUUUUCUUAUUUAAACAUUUCUUUGUGUUCCUGAAAGUUUCUCUUUGACAAACUCUUUUUCACCUCCUCCUCCUCCUCCACCUCCUCCUCUAUAGAAGUGGACGAAGAAUCUCGCCGCAGCGUGUCUGGCGGCGUGUUGAUCCUGAGGGACGUUGUGUUUGCAGACACCGCCGUGUAUCAGUGCGAGGCCACCAACACACACGGCUCCAUCCUCCUCAACACUUACAUCUACGUCGUCGGUACGGACCCUCUGCUGUAUCAGACCCUUUAUACUCAUGACCCCUGACCUAUGACUGACCCUGAGAGUGUGUGUGUGUGUGUGUGUGUCAGAGCUGCCUCCUCAGAUCCUGUCCUCUGAUGGAGUCGUGUACAGAGUCACUGAGGGUGGAGACGUCAUGCUGCACUGUGAAUCCUUCGGCUCCCCUCGACCACAUCUGACCUGGUGAGAAACACAAACACAGAGUAAAGGAGGGCGUGUCCGACCAGCUCAGCUCUCAUGUUUUUAUACAUCAAAUACAGCUGCAGAAAAAUGACUGUUUUAAAUCUUGGUGUAAAAGUUGACGAUGAUUUUAAAGAGUCUUUACCUGAACUCUGCUCACUGAUUUACAUGCAGACGGUGUUACUAUUUCUGAUAGUGUAAAUACUUGUAUACUAUGUUUUAUAUAUUGUGUUUGUUCUUUUUUGGUAAACCUGAAUGUUUUUUCAAAUGUGUUUUCUAAAUAAAGUGGAUUGGUUUGUUUGUGAACAUGAGAGCAGAAGUAGAGACGCUUUAAAGUUUUGUCUUCAGGGUUUAAUGACAGUAAAGAAACCUGAGAAAUACAGCUGUGCCGCUCUGAAAGAUUAAAACAUCUUAAACUCGGUCAAAAGUCAUUCAGACAUUUUUAAGAAAGAGUUUAUUCCAAAAUCAGCUCUUGGUUUUUACUUUUGAGGGAGCAGCGCCCUCUGGUGGUUAUCAGUUCAUGUUGUAGUUUAAUAAUUAUAGAUUUUAUAUUUUAUAUUUUAUAAAAAGCUUUUCCAGGCUGAUUUUAUUGUCUGACUGUUUUUCAGUUUAUUUGUGCACUUUGAGAUCUGUUUUGGCAGAGUUAAAGUUUAAUAUAAAUAAAAUGUAUUGUUAUUAUUAUUAUUAUUAUUAUUAUUAAUAAAUAAAGUCCCUCACAGACUCUCCAGACUGGAUCUUUACCUCACAGUUAGUCAGUUUUACAGCUGACAGCUUCAGUCCCGUCUCUCCCUCCUCUCUGACACAAAAAUCCGAGCAGAUCGGAGUUUUGCUGAGUGAUCUUGAACGUUGAUUGAUUUUGUUUCCCUCUCAUCAUUUAUUGAUCGCACUUUCUCUAUCAUGCCUCAGAGCGAGGAAACACUCUCCUGUGAUUAUCAUGAGCUCCAUUUCACUGAUGCUGCUAAUGUCCGCGUGUGAUGUUUAGAGCAAACCCGAAAAGACGUGUGUUUUAGCUCGAUUAAAGUGUGUGUUUGUGUGUGUUUGUGUGUCCUCCACAGGGUGGACGAGGACGGGCUUCCUCUGCUGUCACACCCUCGCGCCUCCCUGCUGACCAACGGGACGAUCAAGCUGUCCAAAGCCAGCCAUGAAGACAGCGGAGCGUACACCUGCUCCGUCAGACACACCAACACCUCCAUCACUGCUCACCUGGAGGUCUUCAGUGAGUCACACACUCUCCACAAACACACACCAGCGACCGACGGGACCUUUUCUCCUUCCACACGUUUAUUAGACACUUUCAGAAAAUGCAUCAAAUCCUAAAAGUUCAUUUUUUAGAAGGUUUCGGUGUCUGUGUUGAGAUCUAGAGCUGCAGACGUUAUUGACGUAUUGAAGGCGUCCCACAAGACUUAACCAUAAAUGACAGAAACUUCCUGAAAGUAUCGAACACGCCUGUGAAGACAGUCAUUAACGGUAAAUGGUUACAGAUUGAUCCGCUCAGAUAAUUGGCUUCAAAUCAUCCAAAUUGAUCCAGGAGACGGAAAGCCCGGCUUCCUAAUGAGACCGGGAGAUGAUUCAUAAUUUGUAAAAUGGAUCAAAUUGAUUGAGAAGUUGUUGGACAGAGAGGAAAACUCUGAUAAUGUGAUAGACUGCAGAGUGAAGGAGGUGGUGUGUCUUAUUAGGUUUAGCAGAUAUAAACUCAGCAUGAAUAAAAAAACACUGAGUCGUAUUUUUCUGCUCCUGUCAGAUCAAACGAUCAUCCUGACGAGCCCGGGGGACGUCCGUGUGCUCCGAGGAACCACCGCUCUGCUGGACUGUGAGUUCUACAAAGACCCUCUGCUGCUCGGAUACAAGGUCGCGUGGAGGAAAAACGGACACGAGCUGCUGGAGUCGUCCCCGGAUGACAAGUAAACAAACACACGAGCGAGGAUGUCUAUUUACAGUCACCAUGGCAGAAAUAUUUACAUCCUUUUUGGGCUUUUAAAGGUACAGUUCGUAAAAAUGGGAUAAAACCUCCUCGCUCACUCUUCUUCAUGGUUAGAGAAACAACGGUGGCCUUUGGAGACAAAAAUACAAACCCCAACCAAAACGCUCCUCUAUGGACGGUUUCUUGUGUACAAACAAUACGAGGUGUGCGCGCAACCAUGAGGCAAAGGCCUGCUUCAGAGUGAACUGAUAUUAAUGAAGAUUGAACACUUGCUCAGUUUACCAGGUUGUGACGUUGUUUUAGGUGUUUUCUAAUAUCAGGAGCAGGGUCGUAAUGUUUGCCGAUUGUUUGUUUUGCCGAUUCGUUAAGUUUACAGCAUGAAUCGGCAAUUACAGAGACCUCAGGCCAGUCCAUUACGGACUACAGCGGGGUGCCGCAGCUCAAGGAGGAACAUUUAUGAUCAUUUCUUUAUCAUUUCCUUGAAGUAAUAAUCACCAUAUCAAUCAUUUUUCACCAUAUUAAUCAGAGGUUGUUUGUGUUGUUGCAGGUACACCAUCUUUGACAACGGCACCUUAAAAGUGACAAACGUCCAAUCAGGCGACAGCGCAAAGUACACGUGUGAGGUCAGCACAGACCUGGACAACGCCAAGGCCAGUGGCUCCAUCACUGUCGUAGGUACGAGACAAAGAUAUGAUCCAUUCAGACCCGAACCUGGUUCUGGUUCUGAGCGGGUUUAGUGCUGCUGUUGAAGUCCAGAGUUUGUCGUUUGUUGAACACUCACAGUUUUGUGUUUCCACCUUCAGCACGUCCAGAUCCUCCCAAAGAUCUGACUCUGUCUGACGUAGAGGACCACAGUCUCACCCUCAGCUGGAUCCCGGGGAGCGCCCACAACAGUCCCAUCCUUGGUACUGAACACACACACACACACACACACACACACACACACACACACACACACACACACGCACACACGUCAGGUUCACUGCAUUGUUCUGUUGUAAAAUAAUCCAAACUUUCGUGAAAAAAAGCAGAAUUUUAAUCAUAAUUCAUGAGUUACAGAUAUAAUGAAGCUCAGUAUAAAAAGCUUAAAUGAGAUAUUUUUAAAAAGCUCUGAUCAAAAUUAGAAAAGACUUCAAGAAACCUCCGUUAUGAGUGUUAGUCCGUCCCAGUCUGUGCAAAAUGAAGUUUUUGUUGUUGUUGAAAUUCUUUAAUUCCUCGUUUUGUUGUAAAAUAUUAUUUUAGUAUCGCUAUGACAAACAAUCCUUCAAAUACUGAUCGAUGGAGAUGAUGAUAUUUUGGAAUCAGUCGAGCGUUCAUUCGUUCUCUGAUUUGAUCUCCAGUGUAUAAAUACUGAGUCCAUCUCCUCAGAGUUGUUUGACGUUGUGGCGUGUUUCUCCGUCAGAGUUCAUCGUGGAGGCGCAGGAGGAGCAGCACACAGAACCAGGGAGGUGGAAGUGGGAGACGUUAGAGACCGUUCCUGGAAACUUCAACCACCGUCAGCUGAAGCUUCACCCGUUCUGCACCUACCGCUUCAGGGUCACCGCCGUCAACGAGCUGGGCCACAGCGACCCCAGUCUGCCCUCGGAGCACCGCAGCACGCCGCCGGCAGGUAAGUGAUGUUGGUUCUGUUGGUUCUGCCGGGCCUGGAUCUGUCUUCAGGAGUUGAUGUUUCCUCCCCGUCUUUGUUCUUCCUCCAGCUCCCAGUAAAAACCCCGAUAACGUGCGCAGUGACUCCUCAGACCCGAAGGCUCUGACCAUAACUUGGGAUGUAAGUACUUCAGUCUGCACCCCUCUGAAUUCUCACACACCGCCGUGAGCGUGUUCAUAAGCCCCGCCCCACUCACCGCCGUGUGUCUCUGCAGGAGAUGGAGAAGCCUCUGCACAGCGGUCAGGGUUUCCAGUACAAGGUGUCAUGGCGGAAGUCUGAUGGGAGUCCUCGCUGGGAGGAAGCCUACGUUCUCGGGCCGCCGUUCCACGUGAACGACACGGGAACCUACACGCCGUUUGAGAUCAAAGUUCAGGCCGUGAACUCACUCGGAUCUGCACCGGAACCGGAGUCAGAACUCGGAUACUCAGGAGAGGACAGUAGGUUGAACAUCUGAAGACCAGACAAACUCAGACCUUCAGUUCAAAGGUCACAUGACUUUUCUUUAGGUUCUGAUUGGACGUACGUAAAUUGAUUAAAUCCUGACAUGAAUCUUGUUUUUAGCGAGUGGAGAAGGCGAACCGUUUUCUGUCUUAAUUCUGAGAAACAACGUUUGCGUGUAAGAAGCAGAUUUUUCCAAUAAAACCCAAAGUACCAGAGUCGAACAGUGAAAUACCCAGAAUUCCUCCUUGAUGGAGAGAGUAAAGACUCGUCUCUCAGACUCACACUGAGUCUCUUUCUGUCAAAUGUCAGAUCUAAUGUCUCUCUUUCUUUAAACGAAGACGCUAAAGUCUCCCUACAAGAACGCUCUGUUUGUGCUCGCCGUCUCGUGCGUUUGACACUUCUGGGGUUUUAAUGGACGGAAAUGUCUUCAGGUCAAGAGUCCCUCGCUCUGACACAGACGGACAGUCAGACAGCUGUGAUAUUUUACCGCAUUUUUACCCUCAUGUCAGAAAAAAACUGUGUUGGUCUUGACGGUUCGUGUUGAAGAGACUUUUCUGGAACUUCUUAUAAAAUCUUCAAGACGGUGAUAAAUCAUAACCUCUUGGUCCACAUUUCUAAGCGCAGACAGGACGCUUAGGGGGUCUGGUCUGGUGGUCUCAGGAUUGGCUUUUUGUAGAUGACAUGGUCCUGUUGGCUUCAUCGAACCGUGACCUUCAGACCUCACUGGACUGGUUUGUAACCGAGUGUAGAGCAUGUGCGGUGAGAAUCAGCAUCCUGAUGAGACUCAUUAGUGAGACGUUCAGGACAAGUCCAACCUGUGGGAGACAUCCUGAGCAUCCCCAAGGAGGAGCUGGAUGAAGUGGCCAGGGUGAGGGAAGUCUGGGCUUUCCUGCUGACCCCCGACCUCCACCUUCAUCCUGAUCGUCUCCUAAAAGGUCGUAUCCUCCGAUCGUAGCUGAUCGUAACCAUUCAAGUUAACGUGUCAAUUUACACCGACUUCUUUCCGUUCCUCUGCGGAUCGCCGGACUCCUCAGCUGAUCACAAGAGUUCUAUUUUUUCUGGACGCCGGAGCAUGGCGGAUAAAUUCAGCACAGAUUAACCCGUGCUGGAAAGGAAGUCGGGCACAGACACAAUUAUAUUUCAUGAGUCUAGAAGUAGAUUUCCUCCUCUGGAAGGACACAAUCUACUGCUUAUAUAUCUAUGUGUCUGUCUCUAUAGAGACAACUUGUUUUGCUCGACUGCACCUGAAUCUGUAGGUUUUUUUGUGAGUUCUCGCGAUUACCGCGGUCCGUAACCCACCACAAAAUUCGCCUCACAAACAGAUCUGGCGUACGGCCGCCGUUCCGGAUCGGAGCCAUCCCAGACGGGGUGGAAAUCCCCGGUCAGGCUGCUGCCCCCGUGACUUGACCCCAGAUGAGCAGCAGAAGAUGGAUGUUGUUUCCUCAGAUUAUUUCACUCAAUUCUUGAAAAUAAUCUCGUGUAAAAAGAGAGCGAACAUUUUCGCCUCAGUGUCAACAACACCGCUACUCCUCGAACUGAUCGGAUUUAAAGGGAUUUGGACCAAUCAGAAUCCAGUAUUUAACACCUCUGGGGAAUCGGGAUAUUUGAUGUAUCUUUGCUUUUUUCCGUCCUGCAGCGGACUCAGUCUCUCCUGUUCUCUCUCCUGUUCUCUCUCUCUCUCUCUCUCUCCCUCUCUCUCUCUCUCUCUCUCCUGUUCUCUCUCUCUCUCUCUCUCUCUCUCUCUCUCUCUCUCUCUCUCUCCCUCUCUUCCUCUCUCUCUCUCUCUUUCUCUCCUUUAGAGCCUGAAGGAGCUCCGAGCGGCAUCUCCACCAUCGUGACCAACAGCACGGUCAGGGUGAAGUGGAACGAAGCCCAAAAUGUCCGAGGACUGCUGAAGGGAUACAAGGUACCUGGUUCUUACUUUUGGACCACAAAGUAUUUCACGGUUUCUUCUCAGAUCAGAGCAGAUGGAGACUCUGGUCCUGAGAAAUGAAUCCGACACAGAGAAGUUUUAGGUUUUAAGUCGUUUGGAUGUUUCUGUCGUCUUCUGGACAGUCGUUCCUCUGAUGAGCAGAAAUCCAGAUUUCGUCUCAACUUUCUGGAUCUUCUUCUUGUCUUCAUGACGGUGAAAUUGUUCAUGAAUGAUGUUUCCUCAGAUCUACAUCAAGCGGCUGGGUCCUCAGGGGGAGCGCGUCAGGAGGUCUCUGGGUAAACCACACCACGAGGAGGAGGAGCGAUCGGAGCGAGCGAGGGAGAGACACCGAGACAGCAGGGAGGUGAUGGUGGACGGCACCAAGACGUCCGAGGAGGUGACGGGCCUGCAGCUGUUUUCACGCUACGAGCUCUCCAUGACCGCCAUGAACAGCAAAGGGGAGGGGCCUCACUCCACGCCGCACCGCUUUGUCACCCCAGAGGGAGGUCAGUCGACUGAGAUGUGGAGACGCAGAUUUAUUUACAGCAGAAACUGGAAGACUAACGUACGCAUGUGUCCCGUGUGUCUGUGCAGCGCCCGGUCCGCCUGCAUCCCUCAGGUUUGAGAGUCCGUCAGAGAAGUCCCUGACCCUCUACUGGACCCCUCCUCUGGAGACCAACGGCAUCCUGCUGGGAUACAUGGUUCAGUACCAACAGGGUGAGUCCAGCUCCUGGUUUUCUGUCGUAGUCUGUCGUGAGUGAUACCGACCUCACGGCGUGUUUCCUCUUCCUGUGGCGUGCAGAGGUGGAGAGCAGAGACAGCCUCGUCAAGUUCGAGAUGAUCAGCGACCCCAAAAAGACCUACAUUGACCUGGACUCUCUGGACCCCAGCAGCUAUUACAUCUUCAAAGUCAUCGCUCGCACCGCUGCGGGAGACGGGCCCCCCAUCACAUGGAGGGGCGCCACCCUGCUGGACGGAGGUGAAGUCACGAUGUGAACGACGGACGCGCGCUCAGUGUUUUCUUCUUCUGUUCGCUCACUCUGAUUCGUCUUCCUCCAUCAGUUCCUCCGUCAAACGUCACCGUCGUCGCAGACAACACGGCGCUCAACCUGAGCUGGGCACCCGGAGAGCGGGACAGGAACCACGGCUUCACCAUCCGCUACUGCAGGAAGUGCCGUAAGAGAGGGUGGAGGGGGAGGCGUCUAAAAUGAGAAGGUUUUAGUCGUGCAGAAAAUGACGGUCUUAUGUGUCAGCUGAUGUUGUUAACGCCCCCCUCUGCGUCUCUCUGUGUUUCUGUUCUUGUGUCUGUUUGCUGCAGCUGGAUGUGAGUGGGAGGAGUCAGAGGUGGUGAACUCCACGCAGGGUUUCUAUUCGCUGAAAGGCCUCAAACCAGGAUCCCAGUACAAACUGGAGAUCAAACAGGGCAACGAAACCCUGUGGAAGCAAGAGACCGAGACCAUCGGACCAGGUACCUUUGGGUCCAGUCUAACCGGAUCACACAAACACCGGCUGAGUUCAGGACCUGCUCCUUCUCAGCUCCUCUUAAAAUAGUUUAAUAUUAAAAACAUGCAAACAAACAGGUGAAAAUCUGAGACGUCUGUAUGCUGUCAAUCAAAGUGGAGGUUCAAGUUGAAGAAAAGAAUUUAAAAACUUACAGGAUUCACAAUAAAUGAGUUAAAUCAGAGUAACUGAUCUAAAAUCUGCUUAUAUGUCAAAAUAAAACUAAACAGUCACUUAAAUGAUCAAGCUCUGUUGAUUUAAACCGUUCUCUAAAACAUAAAUCACAGAUCAAUGAUGAUUAAAUCCACACUUUAGUUUAGUCAAUAAAAAUAAAUGCACAAAUUUACCCUGAAUAAGAACCACACAAACACACGUUAACUCGUCCAGAACGUCCAAUCAGAUCAAUCCGUUAAAAGAAAACAAGAGUGUGAGGGGUGUUUUCGUGAUCUCUCUCUCUCUCUCUCUCUCUCUCUCUCUCUCUCUCUCUCUCUCUCUCUCUCUCUCUCUCUCUCUCUCUCUCUUCAGUUCCCUCAGAGAUGCCCGGCGGGUUCGCCACUCAGGGCUGGUUGAUCGGACUCAUCAGCGCCAUCGUGCUGCUGGUGCUCAUACUGCUCAUCCUCUGCCUGAUCAAACGCAGGAAGGGCGGCAAAUACGCAGGUCAGACGAGAACACGCACACACAGACACGCACACACACACACACACACACACACACACAGACACGCACACACACACACACACACACACACACACACACAGACACGCACACACACACACACACACACACACACACACGCACACACACACUUGGUGAUACACAGCUGAGUUUGUUUUUUUCUGACAGUGAAAGACAAAGAAGACAAGGAAGUGGACUCUGAGGCUCGGCCAAUGAAAGAUGAGACCUUUGGAGAGUACAGGUGAGUCUUCAUCAGAACCAGACUCUGAAUUUAAAAACCAUCAAAUUUAACGCACGCAUUUUUAUUUCUUACACUUGAUUUUUUCUCAAUGAUGAAAAAAAUUCAGUGUAAAAAAAAAAAAUCAGUCUCUCAAAAUUUUCUUGAGGUAAAAAUUUGAAUUAAAAAAAACUGUAAAAAAAAAUUCAACACAAAAAAAAAAAAACUCCAGUGAAGUAUUGAGGAAUCGAUUUCUUUUCCCUGGUCACCCAGAUGUUGAUGUUUUUUUACAGUUUUUUAUAAAUCAAAUUUUUAUUACACAAAUAUAUUAAGAGGCUUAUUUUUUUUUUUUACACUGAAUUUAUUUCAUCAUUGUGAAAAAAUGCGUGUGUUAAAUUCGAUGGUUUUUAAAUUCAAUGUCUGAUUUUGAUGCAAAAACAUUCAGCUUUAGAAAUUCAAACUCAAAAUCAGAUGGCACAGAUUUACUUCCAUAGAAAACAGCUGCUCUAAUAUUCUAACUUCUGAAUCUGCUGAAAAUUCCCUGAAGAAGUAAAAAUAUAUAUUUUUUCCAGACACACGAAAUAACCCUCUGAAAUGUGAAGGAAACUAAAACUGUCCUUUUAGCUUCAGCUCUCCGUCAUAUUAUUGAUAUUUUCCAAACUCACAUGCUUGAUACUCUCUCUGUUUCCAGACUAACUUCAGUUUUACUUCUGAACGUUUGUUUCUCCUCUAAUAUCUUCACCGCUGCUCUUUUUAUCGUUCGAUCUCUAACCCUCCUUCACUCUCUCCUCAUUUUACCUCCUUUCCUUUCCUAACACUCGGCCUGCAGAUCACUGGAGAGGUGAGGAAGUUCCACAGUCUGGUGUGCAUGUUUUGACAUAACGCUCUUAAGUUCGUUGUUAUUUUGUUGUUAUUUCACUCGUGUCACAAUCAGUGCAUUCGUUUAUCUUUUGAUGUUUGAACGCCUUUCUCUGCUCUGCAGUUUGAACUCUGUGUGUAAUUCUAGUUUGUGGUUUUAAAUGUGGUGAUUUUGUUUCAUUAGUGACCGUCUCUGUGUGCGCUCUGCUGAGACUCAAAUCAAAGAUUUUUUUAUCUUAUUUCUGGUCAAUUUAAAACACAAUUACAUGUCAAAUCUGUAAAAAUGUCACAUUUAAAGAUAUCACACAUCAAAAUUAGAACUGAAUGGUUUGUAAUUGGUAAAAAUAAAUGCUGAUUUUUAUUGUGUUUUGCAGGAUUGAACAGGCUAAAAAACUGGAGAUGUUCUAAUAGUUUUUUUUGGUUAUUUUCUUAAUUAAUUAUCAGUCAAGUGCUUUUAAAACUGUUAAACUGUUAAUUCAAAACAUCUUGAGAAAAAUUAUUUUUACUAAAUAGAUAUUUUUUUACUCAUUACAGGUCAUUCAGUUCUCAUUUUUUAGGGUAAAAUCUUGAAAAAGGACAUUUUUUGGACUUAAAUUGACUUCAAUAAAACUUUUUUUUUUUUUACUAGAAAUAAGAUAAAAAACUUUCUAAGAUUUGAGAUUUAAGGACGCUCACCAGGGAGCUGAACAAAGAGACAUCAAACAAAUUAAAGAAAACACACAAUCACAAACCUCUAACACGAUCUGGGAACUGGUCGUUAAUUUUACUCGCUCUCUGUCGUCUCUCAGCGACGGAGACGAGAAGCGCACGGACAGCCAGCCGUCCCUGUGCGGGGAGAGUAAACUGGGCAGCGAUGACUCUCUGGCCGAAUACGGGGACAGCGUGGACAUCCAGUUCAACGAGGACGGCUCCUUCAUCGGCCAGUACAGCGGCAGGGGUCCUGUUCCCCAGGGCAACGAGAGCUCUGGCCCCGCCUCCCCUGUCAACGCGGUCCCUCCUCCUCCGAUCGCUCCCUCCAUGUCGAGCAUCCUGAACCGACCAAGCUAGACACACACACACACACCAAUAUAACAAAACACACACAUACACACACACACUGCCCAUCUGCAGCAAUGACACAAAGGGACAGACCACUCCUGACUCCACUGCCUGUAACACACACGUACACACACACACACACACACACACACACACACACACAAACACACGCAGUCUCAAUACAUUCCACAGGUUUAUGCAGAGCAGAUGUUUACAGGAUGUCCUACCUUUUCUACUGCAAGUUUACACACACACACACACACACACACACACACACACACACACACACACACACACACACACACACACACACACACACACACACACAGACACAGACACAGACACACACACACACACACACACACACAGACACACACACACACUGAUACACACGUGCAGAUCUCAUACCGCUUCACUCUUGGAGGAGAAGAGCAGAGGGAGGAGCUGCUCCAGCUGUUUGUGAAGGUGUCUGCGGGGGUUUCAUGGUUGGGGGUCUUUUAUUUAAAAUCAAACAGACUUUUCCUUCGUUAUCUUUCGCUCAUUAAAAGGUCCGAAGUGUUUGGAGUGUGACACUCCUGCAGAUGUUUGACCGUCAUCGGUCAUCUAAAAACCUGAUUUUCAUAAAGACAGUUGUGCGUUCACAAACAGCUGGAGCAGCCACGUCCAGGAGAGGAAGAUGAUGUGAUGAAGAGUGAGUCUUCCCUCCUAUAAUCCAGAACAAACACUAAAGUGUCAUUAACAUCUUUAAGGUCAUAUCCAUGUUUUUAUAACGUCAUUUACAUCCUCGUUCAUAUCUCACUUUUUUUUGUGCGUCGUCGUCGUCAAACGUCACUUUGUGUCUUUGUUUACACUGUUGUGAGCUUUUUAUCGGAGUUUGUGCGCAUGAGUCCCAGACUGAUUCAGCUAUUUAUUGGCGUGUGUGCGGCGGCUGUCAAACCUAAGAUGCAUGCCCCUCCCUGAGGCAUUGAACAGUAAUUCAGUUUAGCAUAUGAGUUUAAAGAGCGACUGUUACCUUCUGAGUGUGUGAGUGUGUGUGAGUGUGUGAGUGUGUGUGCGAUUGACCGUCUCUGCUCUUUAACCUGCAGCGACGGGAGAUUUGUUGCCUUAAAACGAGAGUCCAGUGGAGCCUUCUCUCCUCCCUCUUUCUGUCCAUCCGUCUGUUACUCAUCCAUUUCUCGUCUCACACGUUCCUCCUCCGUCGUCCAGAUCCUGUUCGCUCAGCAGGGAAAAAAAAAAAACAAGACCAGGAUGUUUCGCCGGCCCUGA